AUGUGGGUCGUGUGGGUUAAGAAUAGGGUCACCCACAGUGCUUUGCCUACCUCCAUCACACCAAUGGAGGCGUGGUCCGGCCAGAAGCCGCAUGUGGGCAUGGCUCGGAUUUGGGGUUGCAUGGGGAGUGUCAUUCUGCAUGGGCAUGAGAAGGGUGGCAAGCUUGAUGCACGGGCUGUCAUGUGUGUCUGUGUUGGGGUGGACAUGGAGAGCAAGGGUUGGCGCAUGCUGGACCCUUCUCUCAUGCGCAUUCGCAUUGCUCGGGAUGUUGGUUUUCUUGAGAAUGUGAUGUGGAAGGAUUGGGACAAGACAAAGGGAUUUGGGGAGCUUCUGCAGGAUGCUGCUGCGAUUUCCCAACUCCUCCCUCUUCCACUCUCGCCACCCUCAGCACCGGCUGACGACGUUGAGAUGCCACCUUCAUCACUACCACCAGCACCGCUGAGUGUGUCGGUGCAGCAGCAGCCCACCCCUCUGCAGCAGCUCAGUGGCCCCUCGGUCAUUCAGCGGAGAUCCGCUACACAGGCUACUUCCUCUUCCUCCUCCUCUGGUCAGCGCUCUGUCCCUCUCUCUGCGGGUGCCCCUCCGUCACCAGCGACUACCUCCCCACCACCGGUUAUGGGUUUGCAGGUGCUUGGUAUCCAGUCUGGUACAGGUGGUGAGGAGGUAGAGGGGGAUGCUGGUGUGGUUGGGGGCAUGCUGUGUUUGGCCAGGGAGGUGGAAGGUGUUGCAGUGGCAGGUGUGAGCACCGGUGAUGUCCCACGCACACUCGCUGAGGCCCUGCGUGGCCCUGAGGGCCCUGCGUGGAAAGCAGGCGCUGAGAAGGAGGUAAAUGCAAUGCGCACUAUGGGUUUGCCUCAGGCGUUCCCCAUCUCACAACUCGCCUCACGACUUUCCCUCUUCUGGCACAUUCCCCCUCUCCUGGCGCGUUCCCCCUCUCCUCGCGCAUUCCCCCUCUCCUGGCACAUUCCCCCUCUCCUCAUACACCCCCCUGCCCGCACGUGUGUAUCCAGGCAGCGAGAUGAGCUGAGCGAGACGAACAGCAACAAGGCCAAUCGGGAGAAGAUGCGCCGCGACCGACUCAACGACAGGUGCGACGCUGCUGCUGCCUGCUGGCUGCUCUCGAUACUCCAUCACUCGCUUUGCCCGUCACACCCUUUCGCUUUUCUCGAAGAGUGCAGCCACAACCUUUCCCAUCGCCUGCUUUUUCGAGGAGUUGGCUUGGCGCGGGCGGUGGACAGGAGCGAGCUGGCGCGCGCGGAUAGGGAUUUUGUCCGUGCCUGUGGCGGCCAAACCACUUCCCGCCGCCACCCUUCCGCCCAACGCGCCUCCUUCUCUCCCUCUCCUCCCCUCCCCUCCCUUUCCCAACACACCCUCCCUCCCCCCCUCUACCGCAGGUUCGAAGAGCUAGCACGGGCGCUGGAGCGGAGCGAGCUGGCGCGCGCGGACAGGGGGAGCAUUCUGGCGGACGCGGUGCGCGUGCUGGCGCAGCUGAGGGCGGAGACGAGCCGGCUAAGGGGCUCCGCGGAGCACAUGAGCGAGCAGAUCCGAGAGCUCAAGGCGGAGAAGAGUGAGCUGAGGGAGGAGAGGGCGCGCCUGGUGGCCAAUAAGCAGCAGCUGGAAGACGAGGUCCGCCGCAUGGUAGCAUCCGGUGCCGCCCAAUCCACCGCCGCCACGUCAGCAGCAGCAUCAGUGGUUUCCGCUGUCCGACUGACAGCUUCUGCGCCUCAUCCUGUUGGGUUUGCUCCGUGUGCACCGGGUUCUCCUGGUGCUGUGUCCGUGAUGCUGCAUCCGGUGUGUGAGCCGGGCAAGCUGGCUCCAAUGGGAGCACCCAUGGGCUUGAUGCCCUUACCGUUCAUGCCUGGGGGGGUGCUUCAUCCUCUCUCCCAUCCCCACUCGCACCUUCACCGCCCUCACCCUCGCACUGUGCAAGGCAAGAACCCCCCUGCAAGCAACCAACUUGAGGGGAGCAGGCACAGCUGCGGGGAUCCGUGGACGCCGCGCGCGGAUAGGGGGAGCAUUCUGGUGGACGCCGUGCGCGUGCUGGCGCAGCUGCGGGGAUCCGUGAAGCGGAUCUGCGAGCUCAAGGCGGAGAAGAGCGAGUUGAGGGAGGAGAGGGUGCGCCUGCUGGCCAACAAGCAGCAGCUGGAAGACGAGGUCCGCCGCAUGGCCGCAUCUGGUGCCGCCCAAUCCACUGCCGCCACGUCAGCAGCGGUAUCAGUGGUCUCAUAG